UUCCGGAAGAUAGGUAGAGAGGGUAUAUUUUAGCACAUAUCGACAUAUCCUAAAAGAAAGAGCCACGUGUUAACAUGUAAGUGGCCUUUUUCUUAGGAUAUGUGCCCCUUCCAUCUAUUUUACGGGUGAACCUGAGGGCCCUGGAGCGCCGGAGCUCGAAUCUGAUAUCACUGCAGUGGCUGCUUUUAUUUGUUCAUUCGCGUUACUUCUCAUAUCAUCUUGACAUUUAUAUUCGCAGUAGCUUGGAAACUUGAUUUGAUAAAGGGAAGUAAAAGAAAUCAGUUGCCACAUCUGUACACGCAUUAGUCUAAUAAUUUCUUCAUCUGAACGGUGUUGGAAUAUUACCGAAGCAUGUCGUCUUCAUCAGAGAAACGUAAAAUCUUAAGUUCAACUGAUCAAGAUUCAGCGGAAAAGAAAAUACGCAUAGAGAAGCAAGUGUCUGAAGAGGAAGUUCAGGAUAUCUCUGAUUCUGAGACUAUCCCGGAAAAGGAGCAAACGACGAUAUUUUCAUCAUUCUUACCUUCGUAUAUCAAGAGCUGUUCUCAAACACAGAUAAAGUCGACUAUACUUGAUCAUACAUGGAAAAUUGAUCAAUUUUUGCGUUUUUCUAAGAUCACGAAUACGAUAAAGUCUCCAUCGUUUCCAGAAACUGCAGGUCAACACAUGAUUCAAAUGAGUGUUUUACGUCACCCUGGUACGACAGGUGUAGUGAACUUUUAUAUACGUACUAAUAAAGCAUUUAACGGUUCAUGUACCACUACUGUAAUGUAUCCGCCUGAAACAGCUUUAUCGUCAAAUUCGAUUUUGGGUCGUAUAUCGGAUAUGACAUUGUUAAUUGGAAUCUCGACAGCUGAGUUUCAGUUUAAUUCUACAGAUACGCUUAUAAUACAUUGCAAGUUUGAAUGCUUUCAUAAAAUGGGAAAUAACACUAUACACAUGCAUUUACUACCAUCCUCAACGGUAUUGAAAGAUAUGAAAUCUCAUGACGACUCAACUCAUGAAUUUAAGUCUAGGGAAUCAAUCAAAUUUCUAGUAGGAGGAGAACAGUAUGUUGUAUCGAGAGAAUUGUUGUAUGCCACCAACAGUAGUUACUUUAAGAAUAUGUGUCUCACUCAUGAGGGAAUAGAAAAAGAUAUGACAAAGGAAUUAGUAUCGGACAAUGAGGUAGAAUCUUUUAAACACAUUUUAUUAUAUAUUAUAACUGGUUCAGUAGAUCAGUGUGAUUAUGACAUGCUUAAGAAAUUGUUAACUACAGCUAAUAAAUAUGAUGUACCGGAUUUAAAAUUAACGUGUGAGCAUUAUUUGCUACGCUAUAUUACGAUUAAAAAUGCUUUGGAACUUGUACAACUUGCAUUUUUAUGUAAUGCAAAAUUUUUGGAAACGCAUUCGGCAAAUUUUAUUCAGAUUCAUAUAAAAGAAGUCAUGAAUACUAAAAAUAAUGAAACAUGA